AUGGUUUCGGUCGAAGGAUGGCAAACAUAUCGCGCUCCUCUGCGUGUACCUCUUCUUUUCUCUGAAGUGAUAGGAUUUGGGUAUCACUGUUGUUUACCGGAUCCUAUCGCUAAUCCGGCCUUAAACGAAAGGAGAUAUAUGAAUAGUUCCGAAGAAGGCAAAGCGCGCCCACCUUGUGUAACCUGUACAGUCCACACGACUAUCGAUUCCCGUUUCCCCACCACACCGCCUAACCAUUUCGCCAUAAGAAACUUCUCUGGUCGUCUACCAGGGUGGGUGCGAAGAUCGAGCAACGAUGUAAGCAUGCAGGUCGUUGAUACCGAAGUCAGCGAAGAUAGUAUCGAGAACGAUCGCCUACGAGAUUUCGGCAACUAUUUGGCUUCCCCGCUCGAUCACAUGGCAUUAAGCAGCUUUGUGACCUCUGUCGCGUUCCUAAUACAGAUAUCGUCCUUCCCUGAACCAUAACACCUCCCACUAACUUUACAUUAGCCUCUUAGUUAAUGUUAUGCCCCUUACUGCCCUUACUGUUAUUGAUAUAAAUAAAUACUUUAUAGCAAAGCACUUAGAGUAAU